GAGGUCUGGCCUUUCCGCCUUCAGGCGCCAAUAAACCAUCAUCUCCGCGGCAGCAAUGAAGACCGACACGUCAACUCUUGAUCCAAGGGGAUAAGAUAACCACCCCUCUCACAGCGAAUUCGCCAGCCAUGGUACUACGGCAUAGCGCCUCUAGGGUGCUGUUUCUUUUCUCUGCUUUUCUACUCUGGACUUCUUUUGCGGUGGCUUCCUCCCCCGCGUCAUUCUGCAAGUGCACCUGCUUUUCCAAUAGUACGAUUAUCCCUCUCGAUCCCGACUCUUCCGAAUCGACAUCGGCCUUGAACGGUGUCUCCCAUUUCCUUCGUCGCAGCGAUGAUACCGCUAUUUUGGAUACAAGAGCGAAGAAUUAUCGCUCUUUGAACUGCAACGAUUGUAACCGGAAGUUCUGCUUGGACUAUGACUUGCCCACCUGUCAUGGUGCUAAGGAAGAUGAUGUCUUUACCACCUGUUUCCAGAGAGACUCCCGGAAAGACCAAGCCAUUGUAUUCAUGUUUAUCAUUGCUACUGGCAGUCUGCUUGCCUGGGCGACACUUAAGCCUUGGGUAGAGAAGUGGCUCGAGGCUGCGAGAGAGCGGCGGUUAUAUAUCCCAGUGUCCGAAAAUGCUGGUCGUUAGGGACACAUGUCAUAUCCAGAUUAU